AUCAUUUUUGUUUCCUACCCUUUUCGUAGAAGGUGUCUAAAAGGGGCAGGUAGGCCUACUGUAUAACAUUCUGUUGUUACAUCGGGCCCUUAUUAGUGUGACAUCCAGAAGUAAAAUGCUAAACGCGAGUUUCUUGUACUGUAAACAAUGUUUUAUUUAGUAUUUGUUAAGUAUUUUGUAUUUUUCAUGACGCGCCGCGGCAAACUAAACGCCUCAAAGUUGAGCGAGCAUGUUUACUUAGCGCAGUUUGUGUAAGGGGCGGUUACACCACUGACUAAACUCAUACAGUUGUCAGUGUACAAGCACUAUACCACAAGGUCAGCUCACUUUGAAAAGUCACUCUCGUAAUGUUUGCUAAAUAAUAACUCUUUAGAGCAGUCAUGGGGUCUGACGCUCAAAAGGAAAGACUCCGCGAGCUCUUUCACGCCUGUGAUGUGGACCAUUCAGGACGCAUAGAGAAAUGGGAGUUUGUGAGAAUUUGUUCCGAGCUGCAGGUCCGACCCACCGAGAUAGAUGCGAUUUUCUCCAGACUUGACACAGACAAAGACGGCACGAUCAAUCUAGAGGAAUUUAUGGACGGGUUUCAAGAGUCACACUUCUUGAAAGACGAGGAGAUGAGCAGCGAACACGCCGGGGAAAGUUUCUCUGCCGCCUUGGAGGAAUUUAAAUCCCGUCUGGGGGAUCAGCUCAAAUUCAUCCCCAGGAUUGACCAGGUAUCAACUCUGUACCAGAACAUCAGUUUGACUGAGCCCAGAAUGGUCCCUCAGUAUGAAAGAGUUCUUCUCAGUUUUAUCAAAGAGAUCCGAAUACUGAACACUGAAAUGGAACAUCUGGCACUUGCUGUAAAGAGAGCUCAGGAUCAGUCGGCUAUACAGUUGAGUGAGAUGGAGGAAGAGAUGGAUCACCGUAUCCACACUGCAGAGAGAAACACACGUUUACAGGAAUCUAAAAAAGCAGAGGUGACUCUGAGCAGCAUGAAACACCAGUACGAGUCUCAGAUAUGUGAACUUCAGCAGAAGAUACAGACUCUGCAGAUGAUGGAAAACCAGAACAGGAGUACCAGCCUCAAAGAAGAAACCUCAGCACUGAAACGACAGAACAAUGAACUAACGCUGCAAAACCAGAAGUUGAAACAGGAGAUUUUGGAGUCCCACACGAAUGUUGCGUUCUUGCAGAGUGAGCUGGACUCUCUGAAGAGUGAUCUAACAGACCAAAGCAUCAACUUUGAACGAGAUGAGGCUCUUAUGAAGUGCUUUUCUGAGGAGAGAGAUAACCUGGAGAGACAGAUCGAGGUGCUUCAGGCAGCCAACAGAAAGCUCCAUGACAGUAAUGACAGUCUGCGUUCAGCCUUAGAGAACAGUCAGAGCAAGAGUAAGACUCAGCGUGUUAGUGGACUCUCACCUGGAGUUUAUGUGACCACGAGAAAGAAUGUCUGUUCCUCUCAUUUUGAUCGCUGCUGUAACACAUGCGCAGUUGAGGACUAUGAUCAUUUUCGGAUGAUGGAUGGUCGCAGACCGAGCUGUGAUUCUCUGGCCCUGGCCCUGUGCGACCCCAUGCGCAGGCGCAGCUGUGAGGAAGACAGCCUCCCCGACAGCUGUGUGGACAGCGGCAUGUCAACCCUGCGCUCAAAUAACGGCUACGAUUAUGAGCAUGAGAGAUCUUCCUUCCUAAACUUCCAAGCAGAGGACAACACCACCACUGUGUCUGGAGACACAUCAGAUACAGAGGUUCUGGAAGUGCACGAAGAGGCUGCUUUUGGGUCGGACAGCGAAUCCGUUCUGAGCUGGACUCUGUCAAAGCCUGCUCAGAAAGAUGACGUUAAUGCUUCGGGGAAGAAAUGCCUCUCUGCCAUCUUCAAUGAGAGAGAGCAGGAUGAGUUGGCAGUGACUCAGCCUCCAUCUGAGAAGGCUUACAGGAUUGUGCUGGCAGGAGACGCCGCUGUGGGAAAGUCUAGUUUCCUCCUUCGUCUCUGUAAGAACGAGUUCAAAGGCAACACUAGUGCCACACUGGGGGUUGAUUUCCAGAUGAAAACUUUGGUUGUGGAUGGUGUUCCAACAGUGCUGCAGUUAUGGGACACAGCUGGACAGGAAAGAUUUCGGAGCAUUGCCAAAUCUUACUUCAGGAGAGCCGAUGGGGUCCUUCUACUGUAUGACGUCACUUGUGAGAAGAGCUUUCUGAAUGUGCGCGAAUGGGUCGACAUCAUUGAGGAUGUGUCCCAGGAUGACAUACCCAUUAUGCUUGUGGGGAACAAGACAGACCUGAGGAAAGAAGCUCUUCUGGAUGGAGUCACCUGUAUUCCAACUAGCUAUGGAGAGAAACUGGCCAUGACAUACAGUGCCUUAUUCUGCGAGACGAGUGCAAAGGAUGGAUCCAACAUCAUUGAGGCUGUUCUUCAUUUAGCCAGAGAGGUGACCAAGCAUGCUGACGAGUACAAGGAGCCCGUAUCAGUGGCCAAACUGUCUGGAAAUCAUAACAAAAAGAUGCCUAACCCAAAAUGCUGCAUGGGCUGACGUGUGUGCACGUCACAUGACCCGGUGACAGCCCGUGUGCAGGUACAACGCAAGGCUUCGGCAAAGAGCUAAUCAAAUAUUUAACCAUUCAACUAUUUAUUCAAGUCACAUUAGAUCGGAAUUGCCGGUUUGCGAUUGUCCACGUUGUUUGACAAUUUCACUGUGCCAAAUGUGCUCAAGUAUUGUCCUCAGGACUGUCUCAUAACUGUGUCAUGGGUUGCCUUUAACAGCCCUGAAUUUCACAGAUUUUAUAUUACAGCCGUUUAUUAGUGGCUUAUGGGGUGAACAUACACUCAGUCAGGAGUUUAGUAUACUGCACCUUGCCUUUAUUUAUUUCAUGAAAGCUAAGAGAGAAGAAAUAUAUAUAAUAUAGAAAUAAUAUAUAUAAUAGUUCUGUAAUGUGUUACAGAGAAUGUGUAUGUGUGUGUGUGUGUGUGUGUGUGUGUGUGUGUGUUGAAAUAAUAUAUGUGAAAGUUGAAAUGAUGUGAAAAGUACUGUUUGUCAAGUAGAAUUAAGCUUUCUAAGAAGUGUAACUGAAAAGAAUGACAGAAUUUAUUGAAAAAAAAAAAAAAUUGGAAGUUGGUGUAUGAUCCAAAACGUUCAUUUUUGGCCUGUAGCUUUAAAUGCUCAAAUUCAUUUAAUUUUUUUAAAAACUAUUUUAAAACAGAUUGAUAAGCUUUUGUGGAUGCUUUAUCUUUAUACUAUCAUUGUUUUAUGCAUUUCUCAAGAGCACAGCUGGCUUUUAAUGUUCACGAAAUAUAUGUAAUAUUAUAUUCUGCAAUAAACAGUGCACACUCUAAUAAAAAAAAAAUUAUGCAGGAAAACAUUAUAUGUUAAAUCUAUUCACAAUUAUAUGAAUGACAAUGUGCUAAUGUCUUAUCUGUAAUUCUUCAUGCUUAUUUCACUGUAUUUAACUUGCAUUUAAGAUCGAGUGAAUGUUGGUUUAAAUUUGAGCAAAAAUAAAGACUGCAAUGUUUUCACUCCA